AGAAAAGUGCUUGUAAGUAACAUAUUUGACAAGUUUCUAAAGCAGCACAAAGGGCACCAGAAAGAACACCCUAGUAUUUGCGUGCUGUGCUUGUCUUCUUCUUCUUCACACUAAACUGCACACUCUUAGGGUUCGGUUUUUCGUUGCAGCUGAAUGCGCUCGAGUUUACAUCGCUGAUUACUUUACCUUCUGUGCUUUGGUUUGGUUACUAUCGAAAUCUAUAGCAAGAUAAUACAAGGUUUCUUAGAAUCUUAAUUGGACUCUGAGUGAUGAAUUCGCAGUUUGUGGUUGACUUGAAUAGCAAGAUGAGUAAUCCAUAUGCAGCAAACCCGGGUGAAGCAACUGUCAUGGGAUUUGAAAUCUUGAAGACAUCUGAUUCCGGUUACAACAACGUAUACACUUUAACUGAAGACGAGUCACGUGAUCCACCCGAGGCUCCUCCACAAUUGCAACAAACCUUGCUCGGCUAUCCUGCCAAUGUUGGUAGUUCUAGCUCUCUUCCAUUGCCCCAGAGCGCGAUUCUUAAUCAUCUUUAUAUCGAGAACAGAGAGCCUCAAAGAUCUGUGGUGGCUUUGGGUUUCACUCAUCGCUUCCGUGCCAAAUAUGUUACCGUUGUGCUCUACAAGCCAGUUCAAAGAAGGGGAACCACAAGCAUUUGAUGUGCAUAUUGUAAACCUUCUCUACAAACCAGAUGAAAGAAGAGGAACCAAAAACAUUUGAUGUGCAUAUUAUGUGAACUCUAUAUCUGUUGGUUUGUGAUGAUUGAUUGUGUAGACUUGAUAUUUGAAUUAGCAGGGAGUGAUAUUUAUUGGACUUCAAUUCUGUCAACUAGGCAGGAUAUUUAUCUUUUUAAAAAUGUUAUUAGUAUUUUGGACUUUUUAA